AUGUCCGCCGCCCUCCUCCCCCGCGCCUCUGCCGCGCCAUCACUGCUCACACGCAUGUCGACCCUCCUCCCCACCCUCUUCCCUCGCGCUGUCCCCACCGCCGCACUGCCAUGGCUGGCUGCGCCGCUUGGCGCGCUUGCCGGCCUCCGGUCCCUCCUCGAGCUGCUUCCUCCUAUCGUGCUUGCCGUGCCGAAGAGCAAGAUCUCGCACUCGCGCAAGAGCAUGCGGUCCGCGAACAAGGGUUUGAAGCCCAAGCUGAACUUCUCCCACUGCGAGGCGUGCGGCACUGUCAAGCUCCAACACCACCUGUGCCCCAAGUGCUUCUCCGAGAUCUCGCGCAAGUGGAAGGGAGAGAGCCGCGCACCGCCGCGCGCUUAA